AUGCAUAAGCAGCUAGCCGUCCUGCUCGCGCUGCUUGCGGCGCUGGCCAUAAUCUCUUGCCAUGCCGCCGCUGCUUCAGCGGUCAGGACGCAGGUCAUCCACACCGAUGCCGGGCGCGGCCUGACCCGCCGCGAGCUGCUGCAGCGCAUGACGCGGCGCAGCAAGGCACGCGCAGCGCGGUUCCUCGCCAGCUCCUCAUCAGCGAGUGCCGCCGUGACCCCGGGGCAGCGCAACGGCAGUGACCCCAGCACGGAGUACCUGGUGCACUUGGGCAUCGGAACGCCGCCGCAGCCCGUGCAGCUGACGCUGGACACGGGCAGCGACCUCACGUGGACGCAGUGCCGGCCCUGCACCUCCUGCUUCCACCAGGCCCUGCCGUACUUCGACCCCUCCCUCUCCUCCACGUUCCAGGAGCUCUCCUGCGGCAACGAGACGACCUGCGUCUACACCUACUCCUACGGUGACAACUCGACGACCAACGGACAGCUCGACGCUGAGACGUUCACGUUCGUGGCCGCCGAUGGGCGCACGGCCACGGCCGUGCCUGGCCUGUCCUUCGGCUGCGGCCACAACAACAGUGGGAUCUUCACGUCCAACGAGACCGGCAUCGCCGGGUUCGGCCGCGGCUCCCUGUCCCUGCCGUCGCAGCUCAAGGUCGACAACUUCUCCUACUGCUUCACCGACAUCACGGGAUCGGCGCCCAGCCCAGUCCUGCUGGGCCUGCCGGCGAACCUCUACAGCAGCGCAGGUGGCGCCGUGCAGACCACCCCGCUAAUCCAGAGCCCCAAAAUUCCAUCUUUCUACUACCUGUCGCUGAAGGGCAUCACCGUCGGGUCCACGAGGCUGCCGGUGCCGGAGUCCGCUUUCGCGUUGACGAACACCGGAACCGGCGGGACGAUCAUCGACUCUGGCACCUCCAUCACGACGCUGCCGCUCCAGGUUUACCGGCUCCUCCGGGCCGCGUUUGUCUCCCAGGCAAAGCUGCCCCCUGCCCCUGCGGAGGCCAGCAACGCGACGACGGACACCGAUCUCAUCUGCUUCGUGCUGCCGUCGUCGGGGGACAGGCCGGAGUUGCCCAAGCUGCUGUUCCACUUUGAGGGCGCGACGCUGGACCUGCCGCGGGAGAACUACAUGUUCGAGAUGGAGGACGCGGGCCGCAGUUUCACCUGCCUUGCGAUCAACGCUGGUGGAGACCUGAUCAUAAUAGGCAACUAUCAGCAGCAGAACAUACACGUGCUCUACGACCUGGUAAAUAACAGGCUAUCCUUCGUCCCUGCUCAGUGUGAAAGGCUUUAG